AAAUGUAGAAUAUUUAUAUUCUUAUUGAACGAUCCAUUUGUUCAGCAUGUGGGGUCGAGUGGUCCGAGUGGCUACCGCGCUGCGGCCAGCCCCGCGCUCUGCCUUGCUUCGUCCAUGUCCAUCCUUCCAAUUAACACCACUAUCAUGCUCCUUGGACACAUCCAUUCGGUUUAUGAGCCAGCAGCGCUCGAAGAAGGUCCCUCUGAACGAAGAAAUCCGCGCGCACAGCGUGACCGUCGUACUGGAGGACGGUACAGUGCGCGAGAACGUGGACAAGCGCACGGCCGUCCGGGAAGCCAAGUCUCUCGGGUUGGAUUUGGUUCAAGUGAGUCUUCAACCUUCGGAGAAACCGAACGGCCAGCCGCGUGUGGUGUGCAAGAUGUUCGACUUUCGCAAACGAAUGCACAGUGCGCCGCCCAAGAAGGCCCAAGCAGAGGAGCCGGAGCGAAAGAUGCGCGGCGACAAGGAUAUCCAUUACAAGGUGGACAUCGAGGCGCAUGACGAGGGCGUCAAGACGAGGCGUGUGGUGGGCUUCCUCGAGAAAGGCCAUCCCGUGAACCUCGUGAUCGAAUGGGGACAUCGCUCCGAGAAGCGCCCCAAGGGCAUGGCUUUGUACGACCGAUUGCUGGAGACCAUCGACGCCCCAUAUACGAUCGCCAAGUCCAAGACCACCAACAACGCUAUCCGCGCACGGCUGAAUCCACAGUUUAAGAAGUAGAAUGGACCAGUAACUCCAGAGUAAAGUCGUCACUCGGUUCCCGCAUCCAUCCCCCAUGACUUCCGAGCAUAUACGUACACGCUCCUACCCGUCGGCGGGCCUCUUCAUGGACGAAGCGCCUCCGUGCAGCCCGAUCUGACAUCAGC